UCGGCCUCUCUCCGCGCUCGGGAGCACCCUCCGCCGCGGCCGUUCUCCAUGCUCAGCUCCCACCCGAGGAGCUAGAAGUCAGCGUGCAGCGGCGCAGGACCGUGGAUGGCCUUGACUGACAGCGGCUGGUGCCUGUCGAAGCGCUUGGGGGCCGCGGCUGCGGACGCUUGCGACUCCGGAGCCUUUCCCGCGCGGGAGCCCUCCACGCCGCCUUCCCCCAUCUCCUCCUCUUCCUCCUCCUGCUGCUCCCGGGGUGGGGAACGCGGCCCCGGCGGCGUCGGCAACUGCAGGACGCCACAGCUCGACACGGAGGCGGCGGCGGGACCCCCGGCCCGGUCGCUGCUGCUCAGCCCCUACGCCUCGCAUCCCUUCGGGACUCCCCACGGACCUUCGGCGCCCGGGGUCCCUGGCCCAGGGAGCGCCCUGUCGAACUGGGAGGACCUACUGCUCUUCGCUGACCUCGAUCAGGCCGCGACCGCCAGUAAGCUGCUGUGGUCCAGCCGCGGCGCCAAGCUGAGUCCCUUCGCACCCGAGCAGCCCGAGGAGAUGUACCAGACCCUCGCCGCCCUCUCCAGCCAGGGGCCAGCCGCUUACGACGGCGCGCCCGGCGGCUUCGUGCAUUCGGCAGCCGCCGCCGCAGCGGCGGCGGCGGCCAGCUCCCCAGUCUACGUGCCCACCACGCGCGUGGGGUCCAUGCUGCCCGGCCUGCCGUACCUGCAGGGGGCGGGCAGCGGGCCCGCCAAUCACCCGGGCGGCGCGGGUGCGCACCCCGGGUGGCCGCAGGCCUCGGCCGACAGCCCCCCUUACGGCAGUGGAGGCGGCGCGGCGGGCGGCGGGGCCGCGGGGCCCGGCAGCGCCGGCUCAGCCGCGGCGCACGUCUCGGCGCGCUUCCCCUACUCGGCCAGCCCGCCCAUGGCCAACGGCGCGGCGCGGGACCCUGGGGGCUACGCGGCGGCCGGCGGCGGGGGCGCUGGCGGCGUGGGCGGCGGCGGCAGCCUGGCGGCCAUGGGCGGCCGGGAGCACCAGUACAGCUCGCUGUCGGCCGCGCGGUCGCUGAACGGGACGUACCACCACCACCACCACCACCACCCGAGUCCCUACUCGCCCUACGUGGGGGCGCCGCUGACAUCCGCCUGGACCGCCGGACACUUCGAGACGCCGGUGCUGCACAGCCUGCAGAGCCGCGCCGGAGGCCCGCUCCCCGUGCCGCGGGGCCCCAGCGCAGACCUGCUGGAGGACCUGCCCGAGAGUCGCGAGUGCGUGAACUGCGGUUCCAUCCAGACGCCGCUGUGGCGGCGGGACGGCACCGGCCACUACCUGUGCAACGCCUGCGGCCUCUACAGCAAGAUGAACGGCCUCAGCCGGCCCCUCAUCAAGCCGCAGAAGCGCGUGCCUUCCUCCCGGCGGCUUGGCUUGUCCUGUGCCAACUGUCACACCACAACCACCACUUUGUGGCGUAGAAAUGCCGAGGGCGAACCUGUGUGCAAUGCUUGUGGACUCUACAUGAAACUCCAUGGGGUGCCCCGACCGCUUGCUAUGAAGAAAGAGGGAAUUCAAACCAGGAAACGAAAACCCAAGAACAUAAAUAAGUCAAAGGCUUGCUCUGGCAAUAGUAAUAAUUCCGUUCCUAUGACUCCAUCUUCCACCUCUUCUAACUCAGAUGAUUGCAGCAAAAAUACUUCCCCUACAACACAACCAACAGCCUCAGGGGCGGGUGCCCCGGUGAUGUCUGGCACGGGAGAAAGCACUAACCCCGAGAACAGCGAGCUCAAGUACUCAGGUCAAGAUGGGCUGUACAUAGGCGUCAGCCUGGCCUCACCGGCCGAAGUCACGUCCUCCUCGGUGAGACAGGAUUCGUGGUGUGCGCUUGCCCUGGCCUGAGCCUGCUGCCGCUGCUGGAGCGGGAAGGCCCUCGGGACCUGCAGUGAUUAUGCCACACUGUGCAAACUGGGUCGAGUAUGCUGACAGAACAUUCCUCUGAUGUGUGAUUUCCGUGCCUUUAUUUUGAAAGAGAUGCAUUUCCCAAGAGGCUUGUUCUGCCUUACCAGCCAGCCCCUGUCAAUGAAGAGCCAGGGAGAAGAUGGAGCGCUUCCUGGGAAGGCCGGUGCAGCCCACAGCACGCUGCCUCCUCCCUGGCUGCAGCCACUUCCAGCCAGCCUGCCUCCGGGUCUGCCAGGGCACCCGCUGUGCCACUACCAGAAACCUGGACUAGGCCCUGCUAAGGAAUAUUGAGAUUUUAAAAGAAAGGUUUUAUGUGUAUUGCCCCAAAUCAUGUGCUUCUUCUGAUUUCUUAAUACCUUUCCGCACCCAGAUUUCACAUGCGUUCACGGAGAAGACCAUUUGAGGCCAUUUGGUACACACCUCUGGAGGCUGAGUCGGUUCAUGAGGUCACUUGUCAAAAAUAUUGCUCAGUUUGCAGGACUGCAUUAUAACUGUAACAUACACUGUGACUGACGUUUCUCAAAGUUCAUAUUGUGUGACUGACCUGAAGUCAGUCGGAAUUUGUAAACAGGGUAGCAAACAAGAUAUUUUUCUUCCAUGUAUACAAUAAUUUUUUUAAAAAAAGUGCAAUUUGCGUUGCAGCAAUCAGUGUUAAAUCAUUUGCAUAAGAUUUAACAACAUUUUUUUUAUAAUGAAUGUAAACAUUUUAACUUAAUGGUACUUAAAUAAUUUAAAAGAAAAAUGUUAACUUAGACAUUCUUAUGCUUCUUUUACAACUACAUCCCAUUUCUAUAUUUCCAAUUGUUAAAGAAAAAUAUUUCAAGAACAAAUCUUCUCUCAGGAAAAUUGCCUUUAUUCAUUUGUUAAGAAUUCUUAUACAAGAACACCAAUAUCCCCCCUUUAAUAUGUGCUGGAAAAAUUGCAACAAAACUUUACUACCUAACAGACAACAUUUGUAAAUACUCUAGGCAUCUGUACACACUAAGGUGAAGUCUCUACAGUGUGACUAACCCACAGGCAGGUUGGUUUACAUUAAUUUUUUAAAAAUGGGAUGUCAUAUGGAAACCUAUUUCACCAGAGUUUUAAAAAUAAAAAGGGUAUUGUUUUGUCUUCUGUACAGUGAAUU